AUGCGCCUGCACUCUUAUAGACCGAGCUACGCGCGCGUUGGCACUGCAUGCAUACAUAGGUGUAGUCAAGGUGCGUACGCCAGUGCCAGCAUCAGCGACGAACACUCGCAAGCAGAGCCCCGUGCGGCAGACGCCGACGUCGUUUACGACUCCCAGGACUCCGGCGGCGGAUCUCCAAUAGUCAAAAACCAGUUCCAUUACGAUGCCGAUGAUCUCAGUGACUCGGAGCUCAGCAGCGAGCCAUCCGAUGACGACGAAGCUGGGAUUUCCGCACUGAUCCAUUUGGAAGCACCGGAACAGGCACCCGCACCGCCUCCCAGCGGCUUCGAGGCACCUCAGUUCCGUGAGUUCGACGUUCACUGCAAUGGUUUUGACGAACAGCUGCUCUCUCGAACUGCCAAGCUCAGAGAGCUCUCCAGGGAGCUUGAGCCUGAGCCCGCUGUAUCAGCUGCUAGCGCUAGCGACAAAAAACCUCCUCUGCGUAAACAGGUUGCUAGCUCGUUCAAGCAAAAGGUUCCGAGGGCCUACCUAGACAUGAUACUGGCGGAAAACUCGUCACGUAAAUUCCAGGAUUGGUACUUCAUGACCGAGAAUGCGCAACCGGCGGAGAUCGAUCCAUGGGCCACGUUUUUAGGCGCCAAGAAGCCAAAAAAGCAGAGUCUCAAAGAACUGCUGAAGUCCCUCGGAGUGCCCUCCCAGCAUCUUUCCCCGCAGCUCCAACAUAUCACGGUUGAUAUGUACGAUACUGUGAACCUUCUGCAGCCCGUGCACGUCAUGUGCAAGCAACUACAGCGGUACUACAAGUGCAGGGGAUUCGCGCAAUCCUUCAUCUGCUUCAUCCUGGACCGGAACGUGUUCAACUCCCCGGAGUGCACCUCUGCAUGGUGUGAAGACGUCUACAGUCGACUGGACGCAAAUCAUUUCACGGAUACAUACCUUCAGCUGGUUGCCGGCGACAGUUACCUGCUACACUUGCGAGUUUCGCGGCAGAUCCCGGAAUUCCACGAGUUGUUGCUUGAAAAGCUGUUUCCGCAACAUACUUAUGAAACGCUACUGGGCGAAUUCGAUCGGCUUCUGAAGGCUAAAGAGCACCAGAAGCUGCUUUACUUUACGCUUUUCAUUUACGGAACCGCGACCAUGCCCUUUGGGGACACAGCGGCGUCGCAACGACUGCGGGACAGCGUCUACGGCGCAGGAAACGACGGGAACCAUGUGGAACUGGUCAUUAUCAGAAGCUAUAUAAACUUUUUCAUUAAAAUCGUCUAA